AUGGCCACUCACGCUCUUCCUACAGAAUACCUGCCAUCACCAGUCUCUAAGCCCUUCACCCAGAGGCCAGGGCAGCUUCAGGAGGAUGAAGGACCGUGGACGAGAUGGACCGUGGACAAGAAGGACCACGUUCACACUGUGGGCAAGAGCUGGGUUCCAGCUUCAGACAGGGAGCAAAAGCGGUCGAGCCCCGACAGCGGACGGCGGGUCAAGGCGGGAUCGCGACCGCCGUGCCACGCUGGGGAAAAUCGCAGCCGCGGCCACGCCGGGGGCAACAAACCCCCGGCCCCCACGGGCCGCCGCCAUCGCCUCAGGCUCCCGCCGGACCGCGCAUGCGCGCCCCGCCCGGCCCCUGGCGGCCGACGGGAGGCGGGAGGGGACAUUCCCCGCUCGGGGCGGGGCGGGGCGGGGGCGGUCACGUGCCCUCCCGCAUGGCCGGGGAGCGGGCGGCGGGGAGCGCGCGCGGCGGGAGAGCGCUCCCCCCCCCCUCGCCCUUUCAUCUGCUCCUUCCCCGGCUGCGACGCCACCUUCAACAAGGCCUGGAGGUUGGACGCCCACCUCUGCCGGCACACGGGUGAGAGGCCGUACGUCUGCCAUUACGAGGGCUGCGGUAAAGGCUUCACGAGAGAUUUCCACCGCGCUCGUCACCUCCUUACGCACACGGGGGAAAAGCCGUUCGAGUGUACAGCUGAUGGAUGCAAUCAGAAAUUUGGAACAAAAUCAAACUUAAAGAAGCACAUUGAGCGCAAGCAUCAAAAUCGGCAAAAGCAAUAUGUGUGCGACUUCGAAGGCUGUAACAAGUCUUUCAGGAAACAUCAACAACUUAAAGUUCAUCAAUGUCACCACACCAAUGAACCUCCCUUCAAAUGUAAUAAUGAAGGAUGUGGAAAGCACUUUUCUACUCCAAGUCGACUAAAGCGGCAUGAGAAGAUACAUGAAGGCUAUGCAUGCAAGAAAGAAAACUGCUCAUAUACUGGAAAAACUUGGACAGAGCUUCUGAAACAUAAUAAAGUCAGUCAUACAGAGCCGAUAGUUUGCAGUGAGUGUUACAAAACUUUUAAACGGAAAGACUACCUCAAGCAGCAUCAAAAAACACAUGCUGUGGAGAGGGAAGUCUGCCAAUGCCCGAGAGAAGGAUGUGGGAGAACUUACACAACCAUAUUUAACCUUCAGAGUCAUAUCCUCUCUUUUCAUGAGGAGAAAAAACCAUUCUCUUGUGAUUAUCCAGGCUGUGGAAGAGUGUUUGCAAUGAAGCAGAGCCUAGCAAGGCACGCAGUUGUACAUGAUCCUGAAAAGAGGAAGAUGAACUUGAAAGCAAAGCGUUCUCGUCCUAAGAGGAGCUUAGCCUCUCGUCUGAGCGGCUACAUUCCUCCUAAAACGCAGCCAGGGAAGAAUGCUGUUCUGACAGAAAGCAAGGCAGUGGAUAAGCCCAUCGAAAAUGAAAUACCAACUGUUGAAAUUCUGACUCUGCAGUAAAGAUUAACUGAGACAACAUUCUUUAUGGAAUGACCUGUGCAAAGCUCAACAAUAACUUUAUUAAAAGUUUAGAGUUUGUGGGGUUUUUUUUAAAUAAAAAAUCAAUAUUGUUUA